GUAUCAAAAAUUAAAGAAGAAAAAAGAACAGAGAAAAAAAUGGGAGAUCAGUUAGCGAAAGGAGAAGAAUUCGUGAAGAAAGCAGAGAAAAAGCUAAAUGGUUGGGGCUUGUUUAGUUCUAAAUAUGAAGACGCCGCCGAUUUAUUUGAUAAAGCUGCUAAUUGCUUCAAGCUUGCCAAAUCAUGGGACAAAGCUGGAUCAACUUAUGUAAAGUUGGCGAAUUGCCAUUUGAAAUCAGACAGCAAGCAUGAAACAGCUCAAGCUUAUGUUGAUGCUGCUCAUUGUUAUAAGAAAACAGCUACAAAGGAGGCUAUAUCUUGCUUGCAGCAAGCAGUGAACUUGUUUUGUGAUAUUGGAAGGCUAAGCAUGGCUGCAAGGUAUUAUAAGGAAAUUGCUGAAUUAUACGAGUCUGAACAGAACAUUGAGCAGGCCAUGGAUUAUUUUGAAAAGGCUGCUGAUUUCUUCCAAAAUGAAGACGUGUCUUCUUCUGCCAAUCAAUGCAAGCAGAAAGUUGCACAAUUUGCUGCUCAGAUAGAACAAUACCAGAAAGCCAUUGAGAUAUAUGAAGAGAUAGCGCGGCAAUCACUUACCAAUAACUUGCUGAAGUAUGGAGUUAAAGGUCAUCUUCUUAAUGCUGGCAUUUGUCAACUCUGCAAAGGUGAUGUUGUAGCAAUCACCAAUGCGUUAGAGCGAUAUCAGGAUCUGGAUCCAACUUUUUCUGGAACGCGAGAGAAUAAAUUAUUGGCUGACAUUGCUUCUGCUAUUGACGAGGAAGAUGUCUCAAAGUUUACGGAAGUUGUCAAGGAAUUUGAUAGCAUGACCCCAUUGGAUUCUUGGAAGACAACCCUUUUACUUCGAGUGAAAGAAAAGCUGAAAGCUAAAGAACUGGAAGAAGAUGAUCUUACCUAAAAGAGCUUUGCGUCGUGAGAGUUGCCUAUGUUUCUCAGUUUUUCAUUUUAAUGGUGGUUGCUUUGUUUUAUGUGUCUGUGUGCAAUUAUACUCCGUAUACUCUCCCUUAUAACAAUUAUUUCCGGAAAUGUUUCACUUGUUUGGCCUUAAAUUUGAUGAUUUACGCUGAUGAUGAUUAUACA